UUAUAAACGUGCAAAUUAAAUGUGCUAGUAGUCGUAACGGUAAUCUUACAAUUUUCACUGUUGUUUUCUUUUAAUUAAGGUGGAACUAUUUUGUUGUUUGUUAUGCUAAUCAAUUCUCGGUAUUUAGCACCGUCCUCAGCGUCCACAAACAAACACGGAUUUGUCUUGAGCGUCAAUUCUCUGUAUUGUCCAGAUUUUGGAACUAUUGUAUUGUUUGUUAUGCUAAUCGAUUCUCGUAUUUAGCACCGUGCUCGGCGUCCACAAACAAGCACGGAGUUAUCUUGAGCGUCAAUUCUCUGUAGUGUGGAGAUUUUCAAAUCGCAAAUGAUCUAGAUACCCAAAUGGUAAUUUUGUGAGGGUUUUAAAAACUUUCUUAUAAGGAGUCGCAGUUGUAUUUAUGAAAUUCAUGACAUAAUUUAGAGCAAAUCAUUCAUUUUGUUACUGCAGUAAAUCAUGAUAUAACAAGAUGGCGAAACAAACAAAUUGGUGGAAUGAAUUAGACUGCAAUGCAAAAACUAGUGGUUAUUUGAAGUCAGAAGUAGAAAAUGGUUCCGCUGGAGGGAUGGGAUUAGCGAGCUAUGAAACUGAACCUGAACAAGCAAUAUGUGGGAAAGGUUCAGUGCCUGAUGAAAAUACUUUGGCAAAUUCAGCAAACAGUUCACUACCAAGAGAGCAUGACAUGGUACUUGGACAGUCAGCACCCAUUUUAGGAGAAGAAGAGAGUGCCCAUUUUAGGGUUGGCCCUAGUGAUCCAGUUGGGCAAUUGCAUAUGAAUGCUUUAGGGUAUGCAGUUAUGAGAGGGCAUGAAGUUAAUGGAGCAGCUGGGCACUUGAUGGGCAUGGCAAGUAGGGGUGGUUUUGUGGAGCUUGCUACUGAGCCUGAGAGAGGAGAAGAUUUAGAUGGGGAGGGGAAAGAGAAAGAUGAAAGGGAUCAUGCUGGAAAGAAGAAAAGGGCAGAGCUGUGGCAGGAUGCUGAAAUGGAUGCUCUUGUCCGUGCCUAUAGGCAUAUCCAUUUAAAAUUGAUGUCUGCUGGAAACAAAGGGAGGCACAUUUAUAAGACUGCUAAUGAGAAGUGGACGGAAGUCAGGAACUUGUUGCUUACAGUUGGAGUGGAUAGGCAGCCGAAAGAAAUCGAGCGAAAGUGGUCCAAUUUGCUCACUGCAUUCAAGCAGAUAGUUGAUUGGAACAAGCAGCCAGGACAACAAAGUUACUGGGAAUUGGAUGAAGCAUUUAAGAAGGAAAAAACCAAGGCUAAAGAAUUACCUGCAAGCUUCCGCAUGCAAAUGUUUGAAUCCAUGGCGGAGUUUUUGGGGGACACAGGUUGCAAAAAAAAUAGGCAAAGUAGUCAUUCUAGUGCUCAGGCUAAUCUUUCGUUGAUGGGAACAUCUAACAAUUCUGAUAGUUGUGGCAGUGCAGCAACUUCAGGUUCUAUGGAUAUUCCUCUGCCGUUGGAAAAAAUCUCUUGUCAGGCCAACAGAACUUGUUCAACUGAUUCUUUGGAAACGAAGCAAAUGCAAGUGAUUCUUGUAGCAGCUGGUAGUUUCAAUCCACCAACUUAUAUGCACCUACGCAUGUUUGAGUUGGCGAGGGAUGCAUUACUUUCAGAUGGAUAUGCCGUCUUAGGAGGUUACAUGUCACCUGUCAAUGAUGCUUAUGGCAAAAAGGACUUGGCAUCUGCAGAACAUAGAAUUAAGUUAUGCGAGCUUGCAUGUGAAGAUUCGUCAUACAUAAUGGUGGAUCCAUGGGAGGCAAAGCAAAGCAGUUACCAGAGGACUCUGACAGUUCUCAAUCGAGUGGAGUUUUCUUUGCGCACCAGUGGGCUUGUGAAUGCUGAUUCUUUGAAAGUUAUGUUGCUUUGUGGAGCAGAUCUACUGGAAAGUUUUACUAUGCCAGGAGUUUGGGUACCUGAUAUGGUAAAGGCUAUUUGUCGAGAUCAUGGUGUUGUUUGCAUAUCUAGAGAUGGAAAGAAUGUUGAGAAGCUCAUCUUUGAGAAUGAUAUUUUAUUUGAGAACAAGAGGAAUAUUGUUGUUGUGGAUGAGGUGGUGUCAAAUAAUAUCAGCUCCACGAAAGUCAGGAUGAUGGACAAGUGCAUGGCCUUAUAGGAUCGAGCUAAUUUUUCUAAGACAAAAAGAACUGCUAUUACGCAUAUAGGCCUGUGCUUUUCAGAUGGAACAUGCUUUCAAAAUUUCAGAGGUCUCCAUCAGUGUAGUGAAGUGUGUACAACAUAAGGCAGGAGGCAAGGUUAUCUAAGUUGGCAAUUGCUUCACAAUGUCAACAUUUUUUUAAUGAAAAACUUGUGGAUCUAGAGAAUGGCAUACUCCUUUGAGGAAUUGUUUUCAGAUUAAUAUUGACGUGUUAGUAGGCAUGUGCUAUAUAAUAGUGAAUCCGUUUUUACAAAGAAAAUUUGCAGAAUGAUAUACAGUGACACAUCUCAUACAAAGGAUAAAACCUAGGUGUAUCUAAUUGAAGGCAACACAGAUUUCAAUCAAAGAACAAAAGCAAUUUAUUUUCUGAUAUAGAAAACAAAGGCAAGAAAAACAGAGGUAUACAGAUCAGCAGUAUAUCUUUGUCACAAUGACAGUGAUCCUUGUCAUUCAAAUAGAGGCACUAUUAGACCAAGUAAGAGAUCAACAUAUAUGAUGAAGGAUUGAUCAUUCGAGUUUUAUGUAUUUUCAGCUAGAAUUCACUGCAAAGAGGUAAAUAGAGAGGGGUUAUCAGAUUUGGGAUUGCUGAUGGAUUGUUAAACUUUUAGAUUUUGUUAGAGCAUUUGCUGUGUUACAGACAGAGAAGCUUCAUCCUCCAAAGCUAAUCAUCAGAAAAUCUGUUCCGAGCCUUCCUAUUUUUAGGUGCCACUAUUUUUGAGGAGAUGAACUUAGUUUGAAAAAAAACUAUUUGUAGAUUUAGUUUUUGGAAGAUUUUAAUUGAGCUGAUAGUUAUGCUGAACAUUGCUUAAGGUUUACUAUUUGUGGACCAAAACUGUGAAAGAAGCUUGAUUUGUGUACAAGUAAAUUACUUUUUAGCAUAGGAAUUGUAGUUAGUUA